AUGCCAGCACCAAACGAAGUUUAUACAAUCGCGGAUAUCCGAGAGGCUGCCGUAGCCAAGCUCGAUCCAAAAUGGGCAGCCUAUCUUAACGAGGGCGCAAUGGAUCUUGUUACCGUCAAAGCAAACGAGACAGCCUACGAUCGAUAUAGGAUUAUGCCACGCAUACUUCGAGACGUCAGCAAGGUGGAUACAAGUGCCAACAUGUUUGGCACAAAAGUGGCAAUGCCAUUUGGCUUUUCGCCAGCAGCAAUGCAUUGUCUCGCACAUGAAGAUGGUGAACUUGGGACAUCGCGAGCAGCCGCAAAAGCGGGGGUUCCCAUGGGCCUGUCUCAGUGGGCUACCAAAUCGCUGGAAGAAGUCAUUGCUGCUGGAAAGAGUGUCCAAUCUACUAAUUGCUGUAUUCCGUACGGGAUUCAAACCUCGGGUGCUGCCCGCAAGGAGGAUAUCGUCACGCUUAUCAAGCGAGCCGAAAAGGCAGGCUUUAAAGCCUUACUGUUAACCGUCGAUGCCCCGACCAUCGGCAGACGUCUUAAUGAAUAUCGAAACGGCAUUGAUCUCCCGGAGAACUUGAAGUUCCCGAAUCUCUCGUACGACCCAAAGAACUUUCGGGAUACGAAACGGGACGCCGGCACGACGUUUAGCGAGUUCAUCCCGUGGUUAUCAAGUGUGACGCCGCCAAGUAUGGAGAUAUGGCUGAAGGGAAUCUACACCCCGGAAGAUGUGAUGCUGGCUGCUCAAUACCCGCGUGUCCGAGGUGUCAUCGUAUCGAAUCAUGGCGGCAGGCAACUUGAUGGAGCCCCCGCUACUCUUGAAGCUCUGCCCGAGUGCGCAGCUGCCGCAAGGUCAAUCAAUGCAUCUCGUACUGCCGCAAACAAGUUGAUGGUUGGGAUUGACGGGGGUAUCAGGAGGGGAAGUGACAUAUUCAAAGCGUUGGCAUUAGGUGCUGAUUUUUGUUUUGCCGGGAGGAUACCGAUUUGGGGUUUGGCAUACAACGGCCAACAGGGAGUAGAAAGGGCUCUGGAGCUGUUGCGUGACGAACUUGAGAUGUGCAUGCGGUUGGCUGGAUGUAAAAGCAUCGCCGAGAUAGGGCGCGAAAGCCUUGCAGUCGUGGAGGGCGGAGUGCCUGGAUUGAUUACGAGAUUGUCCAAAUUAGUUCGUACCUUUAAGCUUCAUUUCGAAGCUGUAUCGUUUAAGGCGGGUGGUUCUUUAUCAGUUUCAUACCACUACCUAGUCCAACAAAACUACUGCGACGAUACUCCACUAGCUGAGGCUGACGUCUCUAGCCCACACUUCUCUGUUUCUGCAACCAACUUUCCAACCCCAAACGACAGACACGGCAGUGGACGUAUCAAAAAAAUGAUUAAACCUACAAUCGUCUUCUUGCCCGGAGCCUGGCUCACAGAGUCCUGCUACUCUCCUUUGCUCUCAUCCCUAAAGAAAGAAGGCUUUCCCGUCCACUAUGCACAAUACCCAUCCCUCAACCCAAGCCCCCAGUACAUUCCAGAUGCAGAUUGCCAGCGCGAUGCCACUGCCAUCCUCAAUCAAGCCAUCAAGCCCUUAAUUGAGGACCAGGGCCAAGACGUCAUUCUUUUCAUGCACUCAUACGCCUCAAUGCCGGGAAGCGCUGCAGCCCGCGGGUUCUCCAAAUCAGAGCGUUUGCGAGACGGCAAGGCCGGCGGCGUAGUGGGAUUGGUUUGUAUUGGUGCGUUUCUGGUACCUGAGGGUCUGAGUUGCGCUGGGUUGCAGGGUGGGAAUUUGCCUGGAUGGAUUCUGGUUGAUCAGCCUGAACCUGGUGUCAACAUCGCCGAGGACCCAGUAAAAAACUUUGCAGCCGAUGUCAGCGAAGAUCUGGCUCGGGAAAUGGCCAUGCAGUUGAAGCCGCACUCGAAUUCGGCUUUUAUGUCAAAUCAGCCUGCGCCAGCAUGGAAUGAGCCUGCUUUCGCUGGGAGAUGCGCCUAUAUCGUGACGGAAGAAGACGUAGCUGUUCCCAAGGCUGCUCAGUAUGGAAUGAUAGCCGCGACUGGCCAAGAGUGGAUUAUGAAGGAGUUAGCAGGCUGCAGCCAUAUGGCGCCUUUUACGACCAGAGUUACGGAUUGCAUCAAUGUCCUGUAUGAGAUUUUUGAUGCUUUUCAACGAUGUUGA